AGUAGUCGAUCAGCAAUCAUGAAUAUCAACUUCGAAGGAAAGCGCAUUCUUGUGACCGGCGCUGGUCAAGGAAUCGGGAAGGAAAUAGCCCUUCGUCUCUCCAAAUAUAAAGGACAGGUAUUUGCGCUCUCGAGAACAAAAGAGAACUUAGAUAGCUUGGUGGCGAUUGAUCCGAAGAUUAAGCCUAUUUGCGUCGAUCUUUGUGAUUGGGAUGCGACUAGGAAGGCUGUUCAAAGUAUCCUGCCAAUCAAUUUGUUGGUCAACAAUGCUGCUGUCGCGCAUCUUCAACCAUUCUUGGAUAUCACGCCCAAGAUAUUUGAUUUAAUUUUCGAUGUCAAUGUGAAGGCUGCACUGAAUGUGUCCCAGAUUGUAGCCGAGAGCAUGAUCAAACUCAAAAGUGGUGGCAGUAUUGUAAAUGUAUCAUCGCAAGCUGCUCAGGCGGCAUUGAAAGAUCAUGCCGUUUAUUGCAUGUCGAAGGCAGCACUUGAUAUGUUGACAAAAACGAUGGCUCUCGAACUAGGGCCUCACAACAUAAGAGUUAAUAGUGUCGGUCCUACAGUCGUGAUGACGGAAAUGGGAAAAUUGGGUUGGAGCGAUCCGCAGAAAGCACAAAGUAUGAUCAACAAAAUUCCGCUCGGUCGAUUCGCUGAUGUCGAUGAGGUGGUGGAUCCUGUUGUAUAUUUAUUAAGCGACCGAAGUUCUAUGAUUAGUGGUGCCAGCUUGCCCAUCGAUGGUGGUUUCUUAGCUACAUAAAUAAAAAAUUAGUUAUUUUAAAAAAGAAAAAAAUGGUCUAUUAUUAUACCACGGAUACAAUAAUCUCUAUUUCCAAAAUUUUAAUAUAUGUGAAAAUUAUGUAGUAAAUAUUAGUAAUUAUUUUGUUAUGAAAGAUACAAUUUUAUGUUGCACAUAAAAGAACUAAUAAAGAUUACUGCAAUAUAUA